GGCACAAGGCGUGGCUUCUUGGUGUCACCGACACAGGGCUGAUUCUUCCAUAUUCAUUCCCAGGUCCAGCCUCGCCUCGCUGACACGGACGCGCAAACGGCACAACCCGCGGUGUACAUGGGACAUUAAAGCGCCUCUGAAGGAACUCACACAAAGCGACCUUUCAAGUUUGGAUUAAGACAAUAUUUAAAGACUGAGACAGUGAAUCCAUCAUGGGUACUAACCCAAAAAGGACAGUGACAGUCCAGAUGGUGCCUCAGCUGGCUGUGGUGGACACGCUGGGCAACAAGGAGUCGAAUGCCAACUGGACUAAAGAGCCCAACCUAAACUUCUCUCAGGUUUGUCCAAAACCCAUCGUCACAUCUCCCGCCCACAAACAGGAUAACUCAUCUGUGACCGUUGCUCCCACUAACGUCGUCCCACAUACCCAGAAAGCAGCUGCCACAGGGGCCGAACAAGUCUGCAGCAAACCAGCUCCUCCAGCCAAUGGAAACCAGACAGAAUCUGAGCAUGUGACGGGCGCAGACCAACAGAUGCCAGACCUGUCUCUACCUGGCUGGGGUGUGGGUGAGGCAGGAGGCGACCGGAGGGAUUCUAACGCUAACAUGAAAACGUUAAGCCCGGGUGAUGAAAAGGGUAUCUGUGAGGCUGCUGUGCCAUCUGCUGUUGCAGCGUCAACGCUCGACACACAGGCCAGUGACUGCAGAAUAAAAGGGACGAGUGCGGCAAAGGAGGAGCAAGUGAAACCGACAUCCACAGCACAAGAGGACAUUAAUAAACGCGUUUCGACGAAUAAUACAAAUCUUAACAUUGCCUGUGAGUUACGGCAAACGGCACCUGUGCACCAGCAGGAUAAUACAGGGAGUAUUUCAGCUCCACAAAGCAAGGACAUUGCUGCAGGACAGAAAUCUAAAGAUCAUAUACAGAGUUCCUCACAAUGCUCUGUCAGUCUGCAAAAGACUUCCCAACCUACGAGAAGCAUGGAAUCUACAACGACGCUCAGCUCUGCGACACCUUUGUCUCAGAGAAGAGAGGGAGAGGCCGGGUCUGCAAAUAAUAAUUUAAGUUCAACACCUACAGAGAGGGAUUUGCAACCAGAAAAGAAACCACAAAUCUUCUCAGAUAAACAUCAGCCAGCUUCCUCUCAGACGGCCGCCUCCACUCUGCCCCCGGCUACGCAAAGCACCCAGGCAUACGGGCGGGUGACUGAAGAAGCCAACCAGGCUAACACAGCUGUCUAUGAAGGGCAGCAGCAGCAGCAGCCGCCCUGCAAACUCUACAGGGAGGCUUCGACUAUGACCUCAUCCCUGUCGUCCACUCCAGUCAAGCAGUGUCAUGAUAUGGAGGUUCAGGCGGUGGCUAACAUGUGCAGCAAGGCUGUGGCCACAAGUCCGAGCCUGCUGCCUUUCGCUGUGACUCGCAGGCCAAGCAGUGGUGCAGUCCCCAGGGAGGAGGCGCAGAGCCUGGCUGUGGUCUAUCAGGGGGAUGGGUGUGUUGGUCUCCAUCACAUGAACAUGACCUCUCUAUCAGCCUCCACUGAUCCAAGGUCAGAGAGGCUCACGGUCGAGGCAGAGAUGUGCCACAACCAAAAUGCAGGCAUGUUUAACUCCUCGUCCCAGCAGGCAGGGGGAGGGCCGGGGGCGAAGCCUAAAGAACCAGCUUCAUGCAACAUACAGCCAGUUUAUCAAAUCAACAUCGAGCACAGCAGGCACAAGGAGCAGGGAGAGAUGGGUAACUCCCAGUGUAAACCUGCAGCUCAGACACCUGCAGCAAAAACAACCACUGCUGAGGCUACCUCUCUUAAAUCAGGAACGCCCCCGGAGAGAGCCGGCGCUUCCAAGUCUGGAUCUGCUGACAGUCACAAAACUGCACCGUCUCCGGCUGCUGUCACAACCAAGUCUGACCAAGCCCCGCCCACAACAAAAACAGCAGCAAACACCAUAUCCAAGGCAGACCCAGCUAAAAAUAAAGCUGAGAGCUCAAAAGAAAAGAGAAAAGUUGUUGGAGGCAAAGUCGUUGGAGGUAAAGCCAUGACAAAUUCUGGCAAACAGAAGAUAGAACCAGAGAGAAGCAAAAAAGAUGAUGACCAGUCAGGAAAGCAGAAGGAGAAGGGCGUCCAUGAUGUGGUGUGGGACGAACAGGGGAUGACCUGGGAGGUUUACGGGGCGUCGGUGGACCCUGAGUCACUUGGUUUUGCCAUCCAGAGCCACUUGCAGUGCAAAAUCAAGGAGCAAGAGCGGAAACUGGUAGCCCAGACCUCCUUCCGAAAGUCAUUCUCUGGCGCCGCCUCGCCGGGGCAUGGCAAGAAGAACAAAAGGAGGCAGCAGAACAUUUUCAGGUCAAUGCUGCAAAAUGUCAGGCGGCCCAACUGCUGCGUGCGUCCCCCUCCCUCCGCCGUGCUGGAGUAGCACGCCACGGAGAUCAGCCAAUGUCAGACUCCUCCUCCCUUUUUCCAGAGGUCAAAAUGUUUGUCCUCGUCAUGACUGCAAUGCCAAGUGAAACAUUAACAGGGUGACGAUCCCUGUACGUAAGUAAGUGAGUGUACCGGAAUGUUGUAGCAUAAAAAAAGAGUCAAACUAUCUGUGAUGUUUGUGAUCAAAGAAAGUAGGAAAUAGAAAAUUUAAAUGAACAACUCAAGACUUAUUUUCUAGAACUAGAUAUUAUUAAAAAAAGAGAGAACUUCUAACCGUUUUUAAAAAACAAAGGCAAUAAUAGUGAAACGCAUGUAUAUUAGUGACAAUGGCAGACCUAAAAUGAAGUGCAGACCUUACACAGCACUGAUCAUGGGAUAGACCUAUUACUUACUGUCAGAAUAUCUGUGCAAAUAUAUUAAACCCACAUCUCAUCACAUUUGGUGCAUUUGGUAUAUGUUUCUGAGGUGUUUUAGGGCCCUAUAUUUAUAAGAUUGCUGUAUUUUCUUUCAUGCACAUUUAUUUUUCAGUAAGUGAUUACGUUGUGCAAAAAAAA